AAAGAAGACGAUAGCAUUAGAGAUGGACUCUCACUCUCCGAUUAUGGUGGAAGAGAAAUCGAGUGCUAGAAUCUUGACACUAAACAGACCCAAGCAGCUGAAUGUUCUGUCCUUCAACAUGAUGACUCGGUUACUGCAACUGUUUCUUGCGUAUGAGGAGGACCCUUGUGUGAAACUUGUCAUCCUAAAGGGUCAAGGAAGAGCUUUUUGUGCUGGUGGCGACGUUAAACCUACUGUUCGUAACAUCGUACAAGGAAAUUGGAGACUCUCUGCUGAUAUAUUCGCAGAGGAAUACAUGCUCAACUAUGUUAUGGCCACGUAUAGAAAAGCUCAGGUUUCAGUCAACAUGCACACUAUCCUUUUAGUGAAUUACUCAAAAGUAUAUAAUAAGCUCAUUAAUUCGUAUUGA